AUGCACGACAUGGAUGCGUUUUCUACAGAGAUCAACUUGGCCGCGACUCUGGCCGCGCUACGUGGCGUGAAGAGGUUGCGACUGGCCUAUACCCCAGAGUGUGAGCGUGGACGGUCGUUUUUGGAGACAAAAUGGGAAGCGCAGACGGAAGACCGACGACGAAAAUACGUUGCGCCAGCGGAGAGCGCGCAAACAACGGCAUCGGUCGACUUCCUACUUCGAGCGAAGGGUGGGACCGAAGGUGUUGAGGUGUCCGAUGAAGAGCAGGGUCAUUGUAGUAGCUCUUACAACGAACCCAGAGACGUUCCUCAGCCGGAGGAGACUGCACAGGAGGUCAGAACAAUGCCAGGAGAAGUCAGCCAGGAGAAACCGAACACAGUCCGUACAGAAUGCCAACCAGAUGAUGGCAGAGAACUCGAAGAAGAGACCUUCUUUGAUGCAGUAGCGGAACCCAUGGCCAUCAUGCCGGAGCAAGGGGCUAUCCCCCUUCAGGUCUCACCAGUGCGGAAGAUAGCUAUUCUCGACGGCGACGAUGCAGAGGUUAUUUCUGACUUCCUCUCCAAGGCACGGGCUAAGAGAGCUGCCAAUACGCCGGUGAAGAAAGAUGCUGGUGUUGACCGUCUGCCGGAAUCGCCAACUCCCACUGCACGACGCAUACUGGAAGCUGUGGACGGGAACUCACCUCGUUCGCAUAGACGACAAUUGUCUCCUGAGAAGCUACAGCUUCCUGACUUUUGUUUUAACCGACGGUCGCCCCGCAUUGUUGCGUCCAAAUCAACGGACCAAAAACCACCGUUCGAAAACGUCUGGGAUGGCUCAAUUGCACCCAGCUCUCCUGUUGUUGAAGUAACGGUCGAGCAUGCCCGGCAUCCGCCCAGGGUCCCGGACCAGAUCCCAACACGCCGCCGAAAGGGCACUGAGUUCGUUUUUAUGCAGCGAACGGACGACCAGCAGACAGCCCUUCUGACCAAGGCGAACACGAGAUUGAACAAGGGCAGCAAACCCCCACACAAAUUGUUGCCAAUUCUCAAUAAAGCGAUUGCAGCGCUGGGGACGGAUCCAGAAGAUGGCCAGCAUCAACACCGAGACCUGUCAAAGAAACAAGUCAGAUGGAACGACGCUGCCCUAGUCGAGUACUGUGGGGACAAGAAAGUCCCCGAGUUUGACUUGGAGGUUUACCAGAACUCGGAGGCAAUCGAGCGGAACCUGCGUUCAUCCAGCAGACGCAACAACAAUACUAAUACGAGCAAAAAUGAAGAGCAUCCGCCUGAAGCGACGGAAAGCUACAACAAGCAAGGGGAUCAACCGGCUCCAUUCCUUGCACCUAUCGUAAAGAUGCCCGCUCCAGCAACCCCAUACCGCUCCACUCCCAUGCCGAGAAAAAUGCGGAAACUGGUGGGCGCAAAACACCUUGACGUUCACCCAAACGAAGGGGAAAGCCCGCCAGUCACCCGCAUCAACUUGUCUAUGAAGACUGCGGGGGUGUUCCCCGGCACUCCGCUCCGACACAAGAAGACGUUCUCGUUGGCCCAGGGGGUUCCGCGGACUCUUUCACUAAAGCCGACGAAAUCAACCACGUCAACCUCAUCAACAUCGAUGGCUUCCGGAUCUGGAUCGGGAUCUGGCUUAGGAUCCGGCCUUGGCUACCCAACCGUGCUACUCAGGAAGCAAACGAAAUCAUAG